AUGGCCACGCCUUCCGUUCAAUCCAUUACUCGACAGGUUGAGGCAGCUGAGAUAUCGCAGGCCGAACGCCGUCCUUCCACUCCUCCUGAAGCCCCAAUACAGGGGCUCGAAUGCCUGCCUUUCGACCCUCCCGACCCUGCUCAACUCAGUGCUAUACCUCGAUAUCUCUUUCGAGCGUACAGCCCUCACUCUCUAGGUAGUACUGAUGAAACCUGGGUCAGAUCGAGAGACGUUAAAGCUGGCCAUGAGAACGCAAGCAAGGACAUUUUUCAGACUACGCCUCGGCAGAGCACGGCUCGAGGAAUUGCCGACCAUCUCAACUGGGCCAAGGACGAGCGAAAGGAUAAUCUGAUGUCAUGGACAUCAUCACUGCUAUUCGCGGUUCACCUUGUCCUUUACAGACAAGCAAAGCGUAAAGAUGCAACGAAAAGAGACGGUUCAGCAAUGAGCGACAUCAAGAUUUGCAUCAUCGACACAACGCUGUUGCCUGAUCGUACAUUCAUUCGAGAUAUGGACCUCAUCAACGCAUUCAAAGCGAACCAUCAAAACUUGAGGAGUCUACAUGAUCUCCGAACUGGUCGCAGAGGCCCCGGAACGUACUAUUUCUGUGAAUAUCUGUCUCAGGGAUCGCUGAACGUCGGCGGAAAAUGUCAGAUCGUCUCUGCCGAAGCCAUGAUGAAAUCCGGACUACUGUCAUUGCAGACCGAAUUCACGAGCGCAUAUCAGAAUGCAGAAUGCGGAUGGGCAGAGGAAGUCCGGCGAGUGCGCAAAACCUUCCAAGGGGAGGGCACAGCAACUCUGGAUCCCGAACAAAUCAAAGUCGCAAUCCGCAUUGCGCAGCUCUUCGGUCCAAUGUGGCGAUUGCCAGUCGCCAUAAGCUUGGUAGCAUUGCUUCCGGGCCGCAUAGAUGCCGAUGAGAUCAAGACGGCAUUUAGCCACCGGGGAGACUUUAACGGUAUGAUUUCUUUUGCUUGCUUCACAUCUAGAUACGCAACCCGCUAA